AGCUGCCACUGCCGCCGUCGCCGCCAGGGGGAGUGUCCGUCGGGAAACGUGGUGUUGCUUCCUUGGUGUGAAGGUGCUUUCAAACUUCAGGUUUCUGAUCCUUUCCCCUGGGUUCUGAAGAGCGUAGAGGAAGAUGGAGACCGAGUCCGGGACGCAAACAUCAAAUCAGACGCAAACAGAUUCAUUAUCUCCAUCCCCUAAUCCUGUGUCACCUGUGCCUUUGAAUAACCCAACAAGUGCCCCAAGAUAUGGAACAGUGAUCCCUAAUCGCAUCUUUGUAGGAGGAAUUGACUUUAAGACAAAUGAAAAUGAUUUAAGAAAAUUUUUUUCCCAGUAUGGGUCUGUAAAAGAAGUGAAGAUUGUAAAUGACAGAGCUGGAGUGUCCAAAGGGUAUGGUUUCAUCACUUUUGAAACACAAGAAGAUGCACAAAAAAUUUUACAAGAGGCUGAAAAACUUAAUUAUAAAGAUAAGAAACUGAACAUUGGUCCAGCAAUAAGAAAACAACAAGUAGGAAUUCCUCGUUCCAGUAUAAUGCCUGCAGCUGGAACAAUGUAUCUAACAACUUCAACUGGAUAUCCUUACACUUAUCAUAAUGGUGUUGCUUAUUUUCAUACUCCAGAGGUAACUUCUGUUCCACCACCUUGGCCUUCACGUUCUGUAUCUAGUUCCCCUGUGAUGGUAGCUCAGCCAGUUUAUCAGCAACCUGCGUAUCACUAUCAGGCCCCUGCACAGUGCCUACCAGGACAGUGGCAGUGGGGCGUUCCUCAGUCUCCUGCAUCUUCUGCUCCAUUCUUAUACCUGCAACCUUCUGAGGUUAUUUAUCAACCGGUGGAAAUCACACAAGAUGGUGGAUGUGUCCCUCCUCCACUGUCUCUGAUGGAAGCCUCAGUUCCAGAGCCUUAUUCUGAUCAUGGAGUUCAAGCAACAUAUCACCAGGUUUAUGCUCCAAGUGCCAUCGCUAUGCCUACACCUGUGAUGCAGCCUGAGCCAAUUAAAACAGUGUGGAGCAUUCAUUAUUAAGACAACUGGGCAGCUCUAGUCCAGCUCAACUGAUUUCUUGUCCAAUGAUCCUUGUGUGGCCAAGAUCCAGCUUCAACGAACCGUCUAGAAGCUGCCCAUUGUGACACUUAGGGUUAGUUAAUACCUCGCCAUACUUAUUUAUUCCAUUAUAAGCUGUCUAAAUUCGAUGAAAUUUGCUUUUUCAGCUGUUCUACAAAACUAUUUAGGUAGUUGUGGCAUGUUGGUUUAUGUGUUAAUCUAACUGUAGUGACAUUUUCUACAUGUUUUAUCCAUUCCAUAAAUAAUAACCACAUUGGGAAUAGUGAGGUGUCUUUCAUUUUCUCUGCUUUGUGUUAUUUCUUUUCCUCUCAAUCUUUUAGGAGUAA